GCCCUGUAUAAAAAAAAAUCAGCCACUUGGCGUCAAAAGCUUCCAACAGGUAUUCAUGAUUCAAACGCCGGUUGUAAUAACUUUCUACCAGAACAAAAAAAUAAUCUAAUAAAGAAUGAAAAAAGUUAUAUUUGUUACAGGGUCAAAGAUGAUCCAAGAAUCAGAGAACAAGACUUUGGUAAUUUCCAAGAGGUUCGUAGUAUGCAAGAUGUAAUGGAAAAAAGACAAACGUAUGGCCAUUUUUUUUUCAGAUUCCCUCAAGGUGAAAGUGCUGCUGACGUCUAUGAUAGAGUAGCAAGUUUCCAAGAAACCUUAUUUAGAUAUUUUGAAAGAGAUAUUAAAAGAAAACCUAGAGAUGUCGUUGUACUAGUUACACAUGGUAUAUACAGUAGAGUUUUUCUAAUGAAGUGGUUCCGUUGGACUUAUGAGGAAUUUGAGUCCUUUGUCAACGUUCCCAAUGGUAGCAUGAUAGUGAUGGAGCUGGAUGAAUCAAUCGACAGAUACGUUUUGAAGACGGAACUUCCAAGGUGGUGUUAA